AAAGUUGGGAGGAAAUAGCCCAGGAAAAGUGACACUCGCGGAGCCCGCCAGAGCGCGGAGGAAAUAAAAGCGGCGGCGGGCAGGAAGUCUGAGGAGGAGGAGGAGGAGGAGGAAGGGGAGAAGAAGAAGAAGAAGGAGGAGGAGGAGGAGGAAGAAGAGGAAGAAGAAGAAACAGCAGCCGCAGCCGCUGCUGCCGCGACAGAAGAGAAAGCAAAAGCCGCACCGCCGGCUCGGUGCUGCCGGGCCCGGCAUCCGCGGGGCUGCGCGGGGCUGCGCGGCGCGGCCAUGGCCCGGGAGAACGGGGACGGUGGCGGCUCCUGGAAGAAGCAGGCGGAGGACAUCAAGAAGAUCUUCGAGUUCAAGGAGACGCUGGGGACGGGUGCGUUCUCUGAAGUUGUUUUGGCUGAAGAGAGAGCGAGUGGGAAACUCUUUGCAGUCAAGUGCAUCCCCAAGAAGGCACUGAAGGGAAAGGAAAGCAGCAUUGAAAAUGAAAUUGCAGUCCUGAGAAAAAUCAAGCAUGAAAAUAUAGUUGCCCUGGAAGACAUCUAUGAGAGUCCGAACCAUUUAUACCUGGUCAUGCAAUUAGUGUCUGGGGGAGAACUUUUCGACCGCAUUGUCGAGAAAGGGUUCUACACCGAGAAGGAUGCCAGCACCCUGAUCCGGCAGGUCCUGGAUGCUGUCUACUACCUGCACCGAAUGGGCAUCGUGCACAGGGACCUCAAGCCCGAGAACCUGCUUUACUACAGCCAGGAUGAAGAAUCAAAAAUCAUGAUCAGUGACUUUGGAUUGUCAAAGAUGGAGGGUAAAGGAGAUGUGAUGUCCACAGCCUGCGGGACUCCUGGCUAUGUUGCUCCUGAAGUGCUGGCCCAGAAACCCUACAGCAAAGCCGUGGACUGCUGGUCCAUCGGGGUCAUCGCAUACAUCCUGCUCUGUGGAUAUCCCCCUUUCUAUGACGAAAAUGACUCCAAACUCUUCGAGCAGAUCCUUAAGGCGGAGUAUGAGUUUGACUCUCCAUACUGGGAUGACAUCUCCGAGUCUGCUAAAGACUUCAUUCGGAAUUUGAUGGAGAAGGACCCUAAUAAAAGAUACACCUGUGAGCAAGCAGCGCGGCACCCUUGGAUCGCUGGUGAUACAGCGCUCAACAAAAACAUCCACGAGUCCGUCAGUGCUCAGAUCCGGAAGAACUUUGCAAAAAGCAAAUGGAGACAAGCGUUUAACGCCACAGCGGUCGUGCGGCACAUGAGACGGUUACACCUCGGCAGCAGCCUGGACAGCGCGAGCGCCAGCGUGUCGAGCACCCUCAGCCUCGCCACGCCGCUUCCCGACACAGCCACACGGAAAGAUUGUAUGUCUCCAUCCACUCUCUGUAGUUUUGUUUCAUCUGCUUCUUCAGGCGUUUCUGCGGUAGGAGGGGACCGGAGACCCAGACCCACCACAGUGACCACAGUGCACACAGGGAGCAAGUGAGCGCCGGGGCGGCGAGGAGCGGGCAGGCGGCCGGGCUGGCAGGGCUCCUCUGCGCCAUCCCACCCUGCGGUGCACGCUCAGCGAAGGACUAGAAGAAAGAAGAUUUUUUUAUGGCCAUAUUUUAUACUGCAAUUCUGAAAUGUUUCAUUUAUCACAAACUGCAAUGACUCCAGGGGGAACGGAUCUAACAGUCUCUGGUGCUGUACAUAUAUAUACAUAUAUAUAAAUAUAUAUAUAUAUAUGUGAGUCUAGCAAUGUUCUAACUAAUGAACACUCAUUCUUUUCCCCAGUGAUUUACUCUUUUCUCAGUGUAGGUAACAGUAUAUGUUGUAUUUUUUUUCCAUUAACUACAAACAUCUCAACUGGAUUAUUUAAAUAGAGAUACUUUUCUGAGCAUUAUUUUUUUUUUCUUUUAAAAAGUACUUCCAGUAAUGUCCCUCCUUCCAGUUUGCUGGAGGAUAGGCUGUUUCUGUAGGUAGGAAUUGACAUUAACUUUGCAACACGGGAGGAUUUCAAUGGCAUGCCGUUUCUCGCUCCUCAAAUUGGACUGCAAGUCUGUCUGGCUUUAGCAGAGCUGAUACUGCUCAGAUUAAGAAACUGCUGCUUUCCCUCCCCUCCUCCUCCUUGAAAGCCAUGGCGGGAGUUAAAUUGCCCCCAGCUGGGAGUCAGCUCAUCCUUGACCUCAUUCCUGUGGCGCUGGGGACCUGCAGCACCCUUCUUUCAGAGGAGAGGCAGAUUUACAGUGCCGGUCAGGAGCCCACCAGAGCUCAGCAAACGAAAUGGCAGAGCACACGGUCUCAUCCUGCAGCUCCUAUCUCCUCCGAAUGAGCAGAGCAAAAGAAAAGGAAGAUGUUGGGCUGGGAGUCGUAGUCAUCCUCUGCCACUGACUCGCUGGGCUGCCCUCGAGCAAGACAUUUAAUUCACCAGCCUCCUCCCGUCCAGCCAGAGGGCUCCGUGCCAGAGGUGCUGAGCACCUGCAGGUCCACCGGGCACUUUUGCCUUGUGUUGCCGAUGCUCAGCAUCUCCCAGAGUGGCCAAAACCAAGUAUCAGAAACCAAAUAGCAAAGUUUGGACCUUAACCUCUGCGUGCCUGGGUUUCACGCCCGGGGAGAAGGGCGAUGCUUGCAUCGCUCCGCGAAGCGCUGGCAGGUUCCUGGGUGCAAAAUUGCAGGGUCAGGUGUAGCGUUUGUCCACCACGCUCAGCUCUGCCUGGUGAGGAGCACUGAGCUGGGAAAGCAGGACCUCGCCGAAAGGCAGGGGCACAUGCAAGGACAGUGGUGGCACUGCCUCCCCCUCCUCCCCAGAAGCUCAUACACAAAAGAAACUCAGUUUCCCCAUUUUUAUUUAAUUACUAAAUACAUGCACUUCCCAGGCUCCGUGUGCUGGUGCACCGUUUAGGAACAGCCACCGUGAGUGUUGUGCAGCCGUGCAUCAAAGCAGCUUGAAAUAGAGAGGAGAGGAGAUCUGCCCAGAUUUGCCGAAGGGCUCCAGGUUACGUCUACGCCAUUCCCAGCUGUGAUUUCCCUUCGAGGAGGCGAGAAGGGAGGCGGGCAGCAGAGGCAGGCACCCUUCCCCGGCCGCUGUGAGCCUCUCACACCCAAGACGGGUCCAUCCCCAGCCAGAGGCACAAGCCAGUCCCCGCAGCGUGCUCUUAUUGCCACGCUCACCUCAUUUAUCCUACACGAGAAAUUGUGAAAGCCAGUCGCAGACGCAGCUGAACGUAUCAGUCAGGCAAUAGUAACCAUGCUGGGAAAAGCCAUAAGGUACAUACUUUUCGUUAAGACUUCAAAAUUCUGCUUCAGCUUCAGUUGGCUGGCUUUGACCAGCAGAGCUGGGAUUUCAUCCAUCGUAUUUUGAGCGCUAAAAGCUGGAAAAGCAGGUGGCAGUGAACGCUGGCUCUCUUUGAAGAGGCAACUCCUUUGGUGGCACUUAAACCUGUUUCACCUGAAAGAUGUCUAGUUUCCUCGGUAUUAAGCUGCUCCCCGUUUUCAGAGGGCUGUGGCACAUCUGAGCGAGCCCCCGGGCGCCUCUGGUUUCCCUGAUGGUGGUGUAGCCGGCAUGGAUGCUCACGCAGAAAGGCUGCAACUUCAACUUCUCACUUUAGGAAAGAUGCCAGAUAUUGGUCUCUUUGGGGCUGGUGGCAAAACUCCUUAUAAUUUCCCUGGUGAGGACUUCUGACUGAAAUGGCGGUUGGACUAGAUGGUCUCCAGAGGUGCCUUCCAACCCUACCAUUCUGUGAUUCUGUGAAAUUUGGGCAGACCGAAGGGCGGGGGAUCUCCUCGCUGCAAGCCCCCAUCCCCAGGCAGCUGCCACAGCGUGAUCCUGCCCCACUGACAAAGAGUAGAAAGAGCUUUAUCGGCUUUUUCCCUCGGGGCUCUUUAUGUCCUGCUGCAAAGGUGUCUGAAAAGGAGCAUAACACAAUUUAAACUCAUUCUAAGGCCACUUUAUUUUGCCAACCUGAGCAAGGAAGGUUUAGUUUAGGAGAGGCUCCUUUCUCAAGAAAUUGAAGUUAUUUUGGACACCCAUGAUUUUGUAAGCCCAGCUGGCCCUAUUCCGCUCCAGUUUCAGGGAUGUGAGUAGGCAGUCUCCCAGCUUGGCGUCAGCGGGGCUCCCCACGUUUACAGACGUGCAGGGUUUGGUUAGGGAAUAUUUUUGUCUUUGCAGAGUGGUUUUAAAGGUUAGGGCUCAAGCGUUCCCUCCUUUGCCUUCUCUUCUGAAAUCUGAGGUCUGGGUUGAAUCUGAUGUAGUUGCUGAGGCCACUAAUCAAAACACAGCGUCCAAACGUAUCUUGCCGAAAUAAAUAAAUCAAACGGAUUUCCAUCUGCAAAACAAAGAGCAGUGAUGGGAGCAAAGGCAGACAAUGACUGUCCUGCAGCUGGGGGGGUGGGCGGUUUCCCAUAUGCUGUGUGCUCCUCCUUGCUGGAUGCUUUCUGUGUUUUUUGUUGGGAGGGGUAUUCUUUCCUUCCACGCUUCGAAUUAGGGUGAUUUGUUUUCCUUCCUGCAAGUAAUAUUCUGCCAUGGUUGUGUAAUUUGUCAUCAUUCUCUUUGGCUUGCUAUCAACUGCUGGGAUCUUCAGACAAGAAACAGAGGCACUUAAAAGCAAAAUUGUUUCUUUCUGCUGCAAUUUUGGGUGCUGGGAAGUUGUAUCAGUGAAACACAGCUGGAGACCUGACCGGGGGUUCACCACAUGCUUACAGAUCUCUCUCUUGGCAUUGAGACCCGAAGUAUCUCUUGAUUAAAAUGUCUCAGUUUAAAUCGGGAUAAAUCUGUUAAUUAGGAUGACUUAGCAGCACCCAGGCCAAAUUUACGGAGGGGGCUGGAGCCGUUUGCCCCUAGGUGGCACAGCCUGGUACGGCAAACACUCGGGCAUCGCUUGCCAGGGAGGCUCCAGUGCCGUUGCGUGUCCUCCCCCUGCCUCAAUCCACCUCUGCUCAGCCACCCUCACGAAUGAAUGCAAAAACAGGAGUAAAUAACGCGUGUGGGGGGGGAAAGGGCUAAUAGCCCAGAAGUAGACGAUUCAAAACAAAUCCCCAGCUGGCCUUGCCAUGAAGGAGCAGGUAGAAAAAUCCCUCUGGGUUCUUUCCCAAUGGACUGUCCUACUAAACCAUGGGUGAUUUGCUCCUCAUGUGAGGACUUCAGCCUGGACUCACCUGUCUGUUACCCUUUUCUGCUUUACUUUACUGGCACCGAUGUGUUUUUCCUUUGUAACUUGUUUUCCUCAGCUCCUUCCCCUUCUUUUUCUUUGCUUGCAGCUUUGAUUGUUGAUUUUUACCUCCAGAGUCACAGAGGCCACCUCUGAUGCCAACAGCAGUGCUCUUGCUGGGAAAACAAACAAAAAAAAAAUAAAUCCAGAAAACCUCCAGCUGGCCCCUUAGCCUGCAGAAGAAGUUGUGAGGACAGGCUGCCCGUGAACUCUGCGAGCUGAAAGUCAGUGUUGCAGUGGCAGGGGCUUCCGCUGCUGACCUUGCAUGUGACUUCAUUCCCAGUGCAUCCUAACUUUCUGCUGGAUCAUCCCUUCUGCAGCACGAAGUGGAUAUUGGCCCCGCGGCACUGCUAGUGGGGAAGUAGGAGUACGGGGAAAACCUGGCAGCAAUGCUUUCCGGAGACUGUGUCACUCUGUUGGUGAUGUCCCUUCUGUCCUGGUUGCUAUUGUACAGGUGCCAUUAGAGCAGUAGGUGCAGAAAAAAAAGUAGGAUUUUACCUAUGCCUCGUGUGUCUGUUACGGUUGUGGUGCUGAAAUAAAACCAAGCAAUGACAGAGGUUCGUUCUUGAUAUGAAUCAAACCACAGAAAUGGGUGUCAGCCCACUGUUAGACAUCUCCAUGUAGUUCUGCAGUAAGCAUUAGAUAGGGGUUUCCACCAUGCACGUGUCCUGCGUUCCUCCAUGGCUAUUGACAGUAUUUUUUUCUAUAACCAGUUCUCCUUCUUCUGGGCUCCUGCCCAGCCCUGAGGGACUUCAGGGCUUCUCCAAAGCUUUUCCCAGUGCCGGGAGCCAACACAGCCCCUGACCUCUGACUUUUCUCCCCAAACCCUCUGGAAACCAGAACAUGGACCUCCAGGUUGCCCAAGAAAUGCAGUGGCAGCUGGCCCCAAGGCUGCCCCUUCCUUAAGUGUGACCCUAUUUUUAGGGAAACAAGUCCCCAGGGAAAGCCAGAAACCUUUUAGCCUUUGGGGAACAGUCAGAAUAUUGUCCUUUGAUGUGAACUUGGCAUUAACUGGAUUGGAUAUAGAGAACCUGUGCUAUUAUUUCCCCCCGUGACAACAACUCCAGAGGAGAACAGCACUAGGUGAGCACUGCACAGGAACACCAGGUAGUUUUUGCCAUCAAGUUCAUGCAGACUGUAGCCUGGUGCUUCUGCUCUUUCAAAAGAGUCAGGGGAUUCAUCUACUGGCAAAAUAACAGUUUUGAGACUGAGCCCUGAGGUACAGGAGUAUCAUCCGUUCAGUGUACGCGAAUUCCCAUUUAAUGGGAUUAGUUGCGUUCUUGCUCCCAUGCGUAUUUAUCUGUCUGAAGUGGGGCCUGAAUGCAUCCCAGAGCUUUGUUAUCACGCUUGUUUGCACCAGAAACCUGAUGCUAAGAAUUACACUCAUUCAAGCAAAAAGAGGAAACACACACAAAGACUACGGUAUCCAAGGAAAACAGUAUGGAAACCAAGCGUGGAGGAUUAGUUGGCAGAUCACUGUGAGCAAUGGCUGGGUGAGGAAACGGCGACCUGCUCACAAAUGUUGCACAAACAGAGUUUCCCCUGGUAAAUUCGUCAUUCCAGAUGUCUUGCCCAGCAGCAAGUUUUACGCAGUCCCUUCCUUUUGUUUUUUUCCCCGCAUGACUGCAGCUGGGUCCUGCCUUCCCAUCCUCUCUGCUGGGAUGAUCCCAUCUCCAUGACACACGUGUGCGUGUGUGUGUGUGCGCGCGCAUGUUGUGUCCCCAGGGAUCACAGAUCCCACCAGUGGGAGGUCAGGAGUUGGUUCAGGUUUUUUGGUCCGACUUUGCACGGUUGGGUCAAAGCUGUGUAAAUAGUGUUUGUAACGGAGGAUAAAGGCUCUUUAGCCCAGACUCUGGUUUUCAAGACCCCGUCCCCACCAUGAACCGUGCCACUGAUCUGUCCAGGUAGCUAUUUUUUCCCUCCUCUUCAUAAAUGAUAAGGUCAGAAGAGCGGCUCUUACAUUUUUUUCAUACUCCAGAGUGGAAUCAGGGCAUGUACGUUCGCAAGCGUUGUGAAAAAAACACUGCUGAACUAAUGACGACAUCAAAUGUCCAAUAAAUGCAUGAUACUGCACUGCAUGUAUUAAACUGCUGUUCACUGUUUCUGUAUUUCCCAAGCCUUUUCUUUAUGCACAUUCAACCCAACCUUUUCUUGAAGGGGUUUACUUCUACGUUUUGCUUUUAAAUGACUCGAUGUAUCUGUAACUCUAAAUCCAUCGUUGAAUUUGAGUAAAUGCAAAAGCUGAUGUUUUGUAAACAAGAUACUGCAAAGCCUGGUAAUGUAUUUUGUCUUUCUGUUGAAUGCUCUGCAGCAUGUACAGGAAGAGUCACCAUCCAGAGCAGCUUAAAACUAUGCAGCGGUCACGUACACACGUCUAGAAACAGGGAGUCGGGGAGGGGAGGAUCCCUUUUUGAAUACAAUGCUUAAAAAUUUGAUCUGCAUCAAAAGUUCCUUCCCUGGGUUGCUAAUGCUCAGGACUAGUAAGAAGCAUGUUGGUGUGUCUCUCUGUUUUUUUCUUUUUUCUUUUGGUUCGUUUUUCUUAGUCAGAUCUUAGACUGGUUCAUGCAGUUCUUCGUAUUUUUCUCUUCCUACAUGAUAUUUCUUUCUCACCUCUUGCAGAAUGAACUGCAUUUUGGGGACCAAGAUGCUGUGAUUAUUUGCCUGCACAAAAUAGGGCAGAGAGCUGAGCUAAUUAUCCCAUCCUUUCUGAAGCACCACCACCUAAAUACUAGCAUUUAAUCCUUGAACCUCCAUGUAGUACCACCAUUUAUCCGUGGAAGAGUUUGUUGUGAUGCUUCUCCUUCUUUCACAUGGAAAUCAUGCCCUUGCCUUCUCUUCCCUUAACCAUUGACCCAUUUUCAUUUGUGCUGGUCUUUCUGAGGCAGGAUGCAGGAUGGCCACAUGGUACUUGUAGUAGCUUCAGCCCAAUCCUCUUGUGGGCAUCAGCAGGGCAUUGGUCUCAGCUCCUGAGUGGUUGCUGUGCUAGUGUGGAUGAUGUUCAAGUAGUACUCAAAGCAGAGCCAUCUGAAAGGGCUGGGAAACUGCUCUGGGUUCCUGGCGAGGACAUGCCAAGCAACGGGGCUGGAGGCAAAGCACCAUGCCGGUGGCGUAGGGUGCAAGUAUUGGUCCUUGGAAAUCCAGCAAGGGAGCGCUCCGUGGUGGCUGAAAGCACCAAGAAGUCUUGACCCACCUUCAAGGCUGGUGCUCAGCCAGGAUGCUGUGUCAUUGCCAAAACACUACGUGGCAGCAUAGAAAAUCAUCAUUAAUAAUGGUUGUAAACCAGCCUGAAUUCAGAUUGCUGAGGGGGCACGUGGCACAAGGCUCCAGGAGGAGGUGGAUGUGUGCUGUGGUUCCUGGUGUGUGGGAGCUCCUAGGGGAACGUGCAGGGUAACUCCGAGCUUUUCCAUCUCUCGUCUGCAUCCCCUGAGCCCAGCAUGGCAUCACACGUACUAUGUCUUGCUAGAUCAAGCUGUAGUAUGACCCUCAAAGUGAAGAGCAUGGAAGGCUGUAGCUCAGAGGGAGACACGGUGUGACUCUUUUUUCUGGUCAACGCAUCAGCGUCCUGUUGCACAUUGGCCUCUAGUUGAGAAACAGCAUUUUGGUCAGUUUGGGCCUUUUUUUUAGGUAGAUGUUUGAUUCAGGUCAGCAAACAGUGAAAAAAAGCCCAGUCUGCCCAGAGUAGUGACUCCCCAAAUAUCCCCAACUGCAAAACAUCUCUCAGUUGACUUUUAAUGAAAAUGCAAGCAUGUUUUCUACAAAGGCUUAAACCUUAGUCAAGGAAUGUCAGUGUGCCUAAUAUUGCAGGUCUUGUGAUUGAUACGAAUUAAUUCAUAACAGCAUCCAUGUCCAAAACAGAAGGGAGAAUGUGUAUUUACUCCAUGCAUGUAUUAAGGCAUUGCAAAAGUUUUAUCUGCAUAAUGAGUUUGCAAUACUGCAAAUUGUUAAUGGGGCUACGUCGCAAGUGGUUCUCUGCCUUGACAAUCAUGUAUACAUAUCGAGAUUUCUAUCAUAAUGACAAUUUAAAGGGAUGACUAAUUGUUUUCCUCCAAUAAAUCCAAUUAAAUCACCCUGA